AUGGCGCCUCUGAGUAGCGAUCCGCGCCAGAUACUGGUUGCUCUCAACGUCGCCAAGCGCAAGGCAUUGUAUGGUCUCGUCACGGAGAUCACGGCGUAUAUGCGCCACCAGAUAGAACUACCAGAAGAAGACCCUGGGGAUGUGCCACCACCUCUGCCCGCCAGACAUUCCAGCAACGAGAACACGCCACCACCCGCAGGCAGAACGAAUUCGGGCUCUUCCGUGCCUCGCUCCGACUCGGCAGAGGGCUUCAGGCGACAGAAGGAGGAUGAAACGGCUAGAGCACCGCCUCCGCCGGGCUUGAUCAACCUGCGCAAGGCCGCACUGAGGCACUUUGACUCGUGGCGCCACGAGGUGCUCGGUAAGCUCAAGGAAAUUGUCAAUGAGGCCGACGACCAAAAGGUCCUCGACGCACGACGCAAGCGCAACGAGAUCAUUGCAAAGAAGCAGAGGGAUGAGCCCAGCGAGGGCGAGGAUCUGAUCGACAUUGGCAAUGUCGCCCCUGAGGCCAACGCCAAGGACCCGAAGGAGAAGAUGGACUCGAUGCAGCAUCUGUAUCAUCCCAUCCCAACCAGGCUCACCACGAUCCCGCUGCUUGACCGCAAAGACGUCUUGAGCAGCAUGGUGAUACUUUUGCUCAGUAUUGGCAAUUACUCCGCCUAUUCGCGAGCGCUGGUCUGCUACCUCGCCUCUGCACUGGAGGUCUCACCUUUGUUCUUGGAUCGAGAGGAAGUUGAGAUUGCUACGACCAUGGUGGAGACGGCACAGAAAGCUGAAGCUGAGAAGAACAAGGGCGGCGGCAUGUCUGCCGAUGCCGAGGCCCAGAAGCGCAAAGAGUCUGGGAAGGUUGGCCGGUACUGGAAAGUAGGCCUGGCCUCCGUGGCCGGUGCUGCCAUCAUCGGUGUAACGGGUGGAUUGGCGGCACCCCUCGUCGCUGGUGCAGUCGGCGGGCUGAUGGGAAGCGUGGGGCUUGGAGGUCUGGCAAGCUUCCUUGGUGUCUUUUGGAUGAACGGAGCCCUGGUUGGAACGCUAUUCGGUGCCUUUGGUGCAAAGAUGACGGGAGAGAUGAUUGACCGCUACGCCAAAGAAGUCGAGGACUUCCGCUUCUUGCCACUCGCCGAGGAAUGGGGAGAGCACUCAAAACAAGACGGUCCGGCAGCGAGGCGGCUACGGGUCACCAUUGGAAUUAACGGCUGGCUCAAGGAAGAAGGCGAUGUUACUAGGUAUUGGCGACCUCUCGGGGACGAGACCGAGGUGUUUGCUCUACGCUAUGAGAUGAAAUGCUUGCUAGACCUUGGCAUCACUCUUCAGGAGCUCAUUGCAUCCUAUGCCUGGUCGGCAAUCAAGAGUGAGAUCUUGAAGCGGACAGUAUUGGCUACUUUGUGGGGUGCACUCUGGCCAAUUCAAAUCGUUAUGAUGGCUAGCAAGGUUGAUAACCCUUUCAGCCUGGCGCGCAAUAGAUCAGAGAAGGCCGGCAAGAUCCUUGCUGAUGCCCUCAUCAACAAAGUUCAGGGUGAAAGACCUGUGACCCUUAUUGGAUACUCUCUGGGCGCCCGAGUUAUCUACUAUUGUCUGAGAGAGAUGGCCGAGAGAAAGGCAUUCGGACUCAUCGAUAAUGUCGUUCUCAUGGGCGCGCCAAUACCUUCCAAUCCAGGCCACUGGCACCUGAUGAGGACCGUGGUUUCGGGCAAGUUGUUUAAUGUCUAUAGCGAGAAUGAUUAUAUUCUGGCAUUCUUGUAUAGAGCAACUAGUGCUCAAUUGGGCAUUGCUGGGCUUCAGCCGAUCAGCGACCACGUUCUAGGCGUCGAGAACAUUGACCUCAGUGAAGAGGUUGCAGGGCAUUUGCGUUACCCUGACUUGAUUCCCAAGAUCCUAAACAGAUGUGGUUUCCUCCACGUCAAGGGAGGGGAAGGAGAGAUUCCCAAGGAAGAGGACGACAUCCAGCUGAACAACAAGGACUUUGCAGAAAGUGGCAAUCUCAUCGACUUUGAAGAUGCCGACCACAAACAGAAGAAGCUCGAGCCUUCAAAGCACAGUCUUGAACAAAUGUCCAACGAGAAGUUUGACCCUACGGUAAAGAAUGUCCAAGAGCCAAAGAGCGACAUUAGUGUCAAGAAUGAAAGGCUGAUGGGCGCGCAGGUCGCCGAGGAACACAAAGCGAGAAUGGCAGCUUCGCCACUGCCAGAAGCCAAUGAUCCCUUGACAACAUGGGACGCUGGGGUCAACACAACACAACAGCACCAACCACGAGACACGGCAUAUGAGAUGAAUAGUGCGCCGCCAAAAUACACCGAGACCGAACACAAAUCAGACGCGACAGAUGCCCACGAAGAGGACAGUGAUGACGAGGGAUACGGCGCUAUUCGGAUGCAUGAUUAUGACGACGGAGACAUGGUUAGCGUUGAGCCACUGAGUAUUGAGGACGAUUAUGGAAGGAAAUAA